GAGAGAGAGAGGGCGAGAGAGAGACGGUCUGUGCGAAAACUUCGCCAACGAGUCGCUGCGGGCUGCCGCCAAAACGGACAUGUUAGCGCCGAGGCCCUGAAGGCGGGACGCUGCUGAAAACGACGUUCGGCCAUCACCUUUCAGCUCCUCGCGCGCGGUAGCGUAGGCCGCCGACCGACAAACAUGGAGGCAGUGAACGCCUUCAACCAGGAGACCUCCACUACAGGGGUUCCUCAAUCCCUGGUCCAUGGAUUGACAUCGGGCUGCACAAACAAGCGAAGCCCCAUCUGCAGGAUGCAGGCAGCACACGAAACCACGCCCCCUCCGGUCUGCGGAAAAACCUCUCUCCAAGGAACUGGUCCCUGGUGCCCAAAAGCUCUUCUCAUUGAUGGAGAUGAAGCCUCCAAUUUCUCGUGCAAAGAUGAUUCUCAUCACUAAAGCUGCCAUUAAAGCUAUUAAGCUUUACAAACAUGUAGUCCAAAUUGUAGAGAAGUUUAUUAAAAAGUGUAAACCUGAAUAUAAAGUUCCUGGACUGUAUGUUAUUGACUCCAUUGUUCGCCAAUCUCGUCAUCAAUUUGGAACAGACAAGGAUGUUUUUGGUCCAAGAUUCUGUAAAAAUAUAACUGCCACAUUCCAGUAUUUAUAUCUCUGUCCAUCAGAAGAUAAGAGUAAGAUAGUUCGUGUCCUCAACCUAUGGCAGAAAAAUGGUGUGUUUAAAAUAGAAAUAAUUCAGCCACUUCUGGACAUGGCAGCAGGAGCUAGCAGUGCAACCUCGGUGACAGAAGAUGCCACCAAUAAUGAAGGUUCCCCACAAUCUGCUACAAUUCCAUCUGAACCACCACAGGUUGGUGCUAAUUCAGUACCUGCUGUGCCACAGCUGCCCAGUUCUGAUGCAUUUGCUGCAGUUGCUCAGUUGUUUCAAACAACACAAGGACAGCAGCUCCAACAGAUUCUCCAGACUUUUCAGCAACCUCCCAAACCUCAGUCUCCAGUAAUAGAUAAUAAUGUAAUGGCUCAGGUUCAAGCUAUCACAGCUCAGCUGCAGACCACGACAACACAGCCAUCAGAACAAAAGCAUGAUUUCCAAAUACCAGAACAAAAAACAUCUUUUGAUAAGAAGCUGUUGGAUCGCUUUGACUAUGAUGAUGAACCAGAAGCAGUAGAAGAUAUAAAAAAAGAAGAGGCCACACCUUCUCCUUCACUCUCUCAACCAACAUUUGGAUUUCCAGGUGAAGGCUUACAACAACCAGUUUAUCCUCAGCUUCCAAAUAUAGAUCAGUUUCAGCAGAGAAUGCUGGGAAUGCAACAGGAUGCAAUGCUUCACCAGGUACCCCUCCCUCCAAAUGGACAGAUGCCUAGUUAUGGACUUCUGCCUACACCACAGUUUACUCCUAUAGGUCAACAAGUUAUACAGUCUUCACCUCAGGUGCAGCAGCCUUUUCAAUCUUCUUUUCCAGCACAAAGUGAAUCACAUUUACAGAAAGCACAUCAGCAGGAACUGGAAGUGGAUCAACAUCCAACUCAAGAAGGAAAAAGACAUGAGAACAGAAAGUCGAGAUCUAGAUCAGCAUCAAGAUCACCCAAAAGAAGAAGAUCACGAUCUGGUUCUCGAACUCGAAGAUCACGGCAUCGUCGUUCUCGAUCCCGAUCCCGGGACAAGCGCCGUCAUUCUCCUAGGUCACGGUCCCAGGAAAGACGCGAGAGGGAGAGGGAGAGAGAACGCAGAGUAAAAGGUCUUCCUCCAAUCAAACCAGAAACAGUUAGUGUUUGCAGUACAACUCUUUGGGUAGGACAGCUGGAUAAACGAACAACACAGCAGGAUGUUGGAAGUCUCCUGGAAGAGUUUGGUCUAAUUGAAUCUAUAAAUAUGAUCCCCCCAAGAGGAUGUGCUUAUAUUGUAAUGGUACAGAGACAAGAUGCAAACCGUGCCCUGCAGAAACUGAGUCGUGGUAACUUUAAAGUCAAUCAGAAAUCUAUAAAAAUUGCUUGGGCUUUAAAUAAAGGAAUUAAGCCAGAUUAUAAGCAGUAUUGGGAUGUAGAAUUAGGUGUUACCUACAUACCAUGGGGUAAAGUUAAACCUGAAGAUUUGGAAAGCUUUUGUGAAGGAGGAAUGCUGGACAAUGAUACACUUAGUUCUGAAUGGAAAGGAAUUCCAAAAAAAUCAGAAAACCAGUUAGCCCAGAAUGGAGGGGCUGGAAGUGGUGAUACUGCACAUAAUGAACAAACAUCAUCUGUAGCCAAAGCUUUGCCAGUCCAAAUGCCUGUACCUAUACCUACACCAAUAACAGUACCACCCCCACAGGUGCCACCACAUCAACCAGGUCCUCCAAUGGUUGGUACUCUUCAGCAUCCUACAUUUACUCCUCCAUUAGGAAUUCCACCUCCUGGAUUUGGUCCUGGAGUUCCUCCACCACCACCACCACCAUUUAUGCGACCAGGCUUCAAUCCAAUGCAUUUACCACCAGGUUUUCUUCCUCCUGGACCACCGCCUCCCAUUAAUCCAUCGGUUUCAGUUCCUCCAGUUUCUGUCCCUCCUUCUGGAGGAGUAAAUAUCCCAAAUUCUACUGUGGCCACUAUAAAUGAAGAUACUACAAAAGACUCUUCUAUAGGGAACCCUAUUCCAACAGUAGUUUCUGGAGCUAGAGGAAAUGGUGAAAAUGCAGAAGGCUCCAAAGGAUAUCCAAAUGCUCCACCACCUGUAACUUCUGCUAGUAUAUCAGCUUCUGUAUCCCAACCAGUCCCACUUCUUGGUACUCAAGGAGUUACAUCUAGUCCAGUGAUUGGGCUUCAGACACCUUCUACUGGCCUUUUAGGUGCCCGACCCGGUUUGAUACCACUUCAGAGACCUCCAGGAAUGCCACCACCUCAUCUACAACGGUUUCCAAUGAUGCCACCUCGGCAUAUGCCUCCUCAUAUGAUGCACAGAGGUCCGCCUCCAGGGCCAGGUGGUUUUGGAAUGCCACCACCUCAUGGGAUGAAGGGCCCUUUCCCACCCCCAGGCCACUUUGCAAGGCCCAGUGGAAUGCCCGGAGGUGGUCCAGGAGGAUCUGAGGAUAAUAGAGAUGGAAGGCAGUUCAGGAAUGACAGGCCACCAUUUACUCCACAUAGAGACCAAGAAAGAUUUGGAAGGAGGUCUUUUGGAAAUCGGAUAGAAAAUGAACGUGAACGCUAUGGCAACCGUAAUGAUGAGAGAGAGCAUGAACGUCUUGGUAAUCGUGAAAGGAGAGAAUGGGGAAGAAGAAGCCCCGAACGUGAUAGACACAGAGACUUGGAGGAAAGAAAUCGGCGUUUCAGUGGACACAGAGAGAGAGAUUCUAGAGAUAGGGAACCCCAUAGAGAAAAAGAUGAAAAUCGAGGAAAGGAGAAACCCGAGUUAACAGACAGAGUAGAUGGGGUCAAAAACUAUGAAUCUCAGAGCAGUAAAGUAGAAAACACAGACUCUGUUUCAGAACUUAAUAAAGAGUCUGAACCUAUUGGUGUGAAACCAACUGAACAAGUAGCACCUGAGUCUACCUCAUCUCUUGAAAAACCUGAAAAACCUACUGGCUCAGUUGCGGAGGCUCCUCGUUAGAGACUGGAAUUUGUCAAACAUUGGAGUGUAGAGCUUUAGAAUUGUACAGUAUGCUGUAUAUUUGCUUUUGCUAUAUCACAAUUCCCCCAUAGUUUAUGGGGACAUGUAAGCAAUUUGAUUGCUUCCCUUCUAUUUAAAAUAGCUACACAAUAACAUGAAAAGAAAUAAACCAUUACCCAUUUUCUGCUGUAACUUUUUUAAAGUUUUAACUUUAAAAAGUUUACAAAUCAGACUUAGAAGUGCUUUCUAUUUUUUUUUUAAUUUAAGUGAAGGUAAAAUGGUGAAAGCU